AAAGGUAUUGUAUCGGGAAUCUGGAUAACGUUCCUGAUCGUAUCCUCGAUGAAGUCUGCGGACAUCCGAUUUCUUCGUCGAGGAACGCUAGUUGUGUCUCUUUCACGUGCGUCUCCCGCGUGGAUUACGUCACUACUUUGCUACGUGUUCGACAAAGCUAAUACGUCCGUUCCGGAUAACCGAACGGUUUCACGUUACAUGUAUUUCCGAUCUGUGAGGAUUGCGAGGAAUGCGAGGUUGCACAUCCUCGCGUAUUGUCUUAAAAUUUGCGAUUAUUUGUUUUUAUUUUGUAGUGUCAAUUUUCAUCUCCAUCAAUUUUGAUCCUACUUGCUAUAAUAAUCUGAAGAUUUAUGCUAAUAAAAUCAACAAAAUUGAUAUGUGUACCUUAUGAAUUUUUAUAUGUAUACCUUAUGAUUGUUAUAAAACUGAUUGUUUUAUUAUAUCUUUUUCCUUAGUUGUCUGGUUUUUGUUCUCAAUAGAUGUACAUAAAGAUUGCUUGAUUUUACUUUGAAAAAUUUAAAGAUAUAGAUAUAAAGUUUAUAUAAAAGAUAUCUUUAAAAUAUCUUUUUGAUGUCUUGUAGGCAUGUCUGCUGGCUAGAUUUUUUUAAUGUUUGUAUCUACCUUUCUUUAUCUAGAAAUAAUAUACAAUUAUUGAAAAUAUACAAUAUAAAGAAAACAAUGCGAACCAAAGUAAACGAUUUUAAUUAACACAAUGCAAAGUAAUAAUUUAUAAGUUGCAUUCCAAAAUUUAUUGUCAUAUCUAUAAAAUCUAUAGUAUACAUAAUGCGAACUAUAGAUUUUUAGUACUUGCAGUGCAUGUUUGAUUACACUUAUAGAAUAUUUUAUUAUAUAUAUAUAUUUUUUUUUUAUUAUAUCAGUAUGAAACAUUAAGAACCGAUCAGUAACAAAUCUUUAUACUAAUUUUACAUUGUUUAUGAUUGGAAACAUAAUAAAUGCAUAUACAAAUAUGAUUUUUUGAAAAAGUUAAGUAAUAUCUUUGUAUGUAAAGCAAAAUACUGUGGUAAAUGUAAAUAUUAAAAAUAUGUAUAUAAAAUCUAAUAAUAAUAUUUAAUAAUAUUAAGGUAUGACACUUACAUUUUUUAAUAAUAUUAUUAUUGUUGGCACUCUCAGAAUAAAAAAAAAUAAAGAAAAGAUACAUGAUAUUGCUUGUACCAAAUAUUAUGUAGAAAUGUGGAGAAAUGUGAAAAGUUUGAUCUGUGUUGAGACUUAAUGCAAUUAGUUUACUCUAGUCUAAACCCUAUCCAAUUAGAUCUGGAAAAUGGGAACAGUGAGCGAUACUUCAUUUUGCCAUAUCAGAAAAACUUUCACUGCCAUUAACAUUAUUAUCAGUUAUUCCUUGUCAGAGUAUAUCCAUAGUUACAUUUUGAAAACAGAUAAUGCAGUGGUUUGUGUUGCUUUUAUUUGUACAGUGCAUUAUGUGGAACGUGUCUGAGGAACCAUCAGGUGCUAUGGAGGGCAAUCCUUCUGAGGCUGUGGUACACACGAAGGAGACAUAUGAGCAGAAUAAGAAUCAAUUAGAAUCUUUCAAGGCAAUCAUGAUGAAAAAUCAACAAAGUUUAAAGAGAAAGGAGAAAGAAGUCCAGGAGUAUGCACAAAGAUUGUCAAAAAUCAAGUCUAGAGCCAAGCUAUCACGCCGUAGCAAAGAAGAAGGAGCUUCAUCAUCUAAAGACACAAUGUAUUCACAUAAGACUGAAUCUACAGUAAAGGAUGUAUUAGAUGACACAAUCGAUGAUAUAAGCCAAGCAAAAACCCCAAAAGCAAAGUCUUCUUUACUUCAACGAAAAUUGGCAGAAAAUAGGAAAGUGUUUGAACAACGUAACAAAGAAAUGACGGAAACAAAACGAGCAGUGGAAGAAAAAGUGGAAGCUAUCAGGCAACAAUUGGAUGAAACGGAUUUAGCAGCAGCAGAAUACAAGGAUCAAUUAGCUAAUACAUCAAUUAAACCUCUUGUUAUCACUUCGGAUGUAAUGACGCCAAUUCAAAUUCAAACCAUUCAGGAAAAGGAGAAAAAAAUUAUGAAACUAAAUAGUAAAAUCAUCGAAUUAGAGGCUACUAUUCUGGAUCUUCGAGAAAAUUUAAAAGAGAAGGAUUCUGUUAUUGAUUCCAAAACGAAAGCAGUUACUCUUAUGUCUGCAGAUCUCUCCAAAAAGGGUAAAACGACACUCGACACUCUCGAAGAUACGAAAGACGAAAUGCGAACGAUGCAAGAACAUUUUAUCUUGAUCGAAACAUCUCUAAAAGAUAAGAAUACUAAUUUAUUGGAACAACUACAGGAAAGAGAUAAUAGGAUAUCGGAUUUGGAGCACACAGUCAAUAGAUUUGAAGAUCAGCUCAAAGAACAAAAAAUAGCUGAAUCCGCAAGUGCGGAUUUCUCGCGUUCCACUAUGGAUACUUUAGCGGAGACGAAAGAUGCAAUGAAAUCAAUGCAGGAAAAUUUUAUUCUUAUUGAAUCAUCAUUAAAAUUGAAGAAUGACAAUCUUCUUCAGCAGUUAGAAGAUUACGAAAUAAAAUUGGCAGAAGCUAGAGAAAGAAUAUUCAAAUUAGAAUCUGGUACCAGUACAGUGACAAGUCUAGCAGUUGAGGAUGUACAAUUUAGGAUAGAGAAAUUGGAGCAAAAUAAUCGACAGCUUCUGGAUGAGAAAUACGAAUUGCAGAAAAACAUUGCUGAAUUGCAGGAUAAGAUUAUUACCCAUAAAUCGGUUUAUAAUAAUGAUGCGAUCAUUGAAAAAGAUAACAGAAUAGCAGAACUCGAAAAUUUAAUAGAAGAACUUAAACAAUCCAAUAAAUUACUAGAAGAAGAAUCAAAGACUGAGCUUCAAAAGCAUAUAGCUGAAUUAACAUCCAAGAACGAGGAGCAGUCCAACAAGAUUAUCGAUCUUGAGAAGCAAAUGCAUGGACUCGAAGUAGAGAAGAAUGAUAUCGCAGCGAGAUUGUCAGCUGAACAAGCAGUAUCUAAAGAAGAUAUAGUAAUAAAAUUGACAAAGGAAUUGGAAGAUUUAAAUAAAAGUAUGAUCAAAUUAAAGGCUCAACACAGAAGCAAAGUAAAAAAUUUACAGAAGCAAUUAGAAAAUUUUAAAAUGGUAUCCGAUACGAAUGCAGAACUCGUUAAAUUGGGCAAUCAAGUGGCGUUAUUAGAGGAGGAGAAAGGUAACCUUCAGCUGAGUCUGGUAGACUUUGACGAGCUUAAAGCCUCAGCAGGAGAUUGGCAAGAACGUGUUGCUGACCUGGAAAGUAAGGUUUCAUCUCAGACAAAAGAGAUACAGAUGCAUAUUGAUGCAAUCGCCAUCUUAGAGAACCAAAAAUUAGAUUUAACUCAAGAACUUCACACGGUGAAGCAGGAGAUUAUAGCUCUAGAAGCUGAGAAUGCGGAAUCCGAGAAUCUCAGAGUAACUGCAGAGAUGAAAGUCGUCGAAUUAGAGGAACAAUUGGAAGCGGCACAUAAAGAACAGAACGAGAAUAAAUUUGAGAUUGAACAUCAUGAACUUCUUAAGAAGCUUGAUACUUUGACGCAGGAAAAUUCAGAAUUAUACAGCAAGUUAAAUAAAAUGGAGGAGAAGGGUGCUUCGGAUACUGGUUCGACGGAAUCUUUCGAAGCUAUUCAAAUGAAUGAUAGAAACGAUCUGUUGAAAAAAAUUGAGGAUUUAGAGCAGAAGAAUAAUGAAUUAAUACUCAAGUUAUCAAAGUUGGAAGAGAAAGAUGGCUCACAUGCUGGUUCCACAGAAUCUUUCGAAACCAUAAACGAUACAGAUCGCAGCGAGUUGAUAAAAAAAAUUGAGCAAUUAACACAAGAGAACAGCGAUUUAACCAUGAAAUUGAGUAGGAUUGAAGAAAAAGGAUCGUCUGAUACAGGUUCCACGGAAUCUUUUGAACGUAUCCCAGAACAUAAUGAUAGCCUGACAAAGAUUGAAUUACUUACUCAAGAGAAUAACGAGCUUGUCAUUAAACUAACAAAAUUGGAAGAACGAUUAAGUCAAAUAGAAAGCAGCGCACUGGACGUCUCUAAGAUAGAUCGUAAUUUAGAGACAUUUAAAGAUAAUAGUAGUUUGCGAUUGCAGAUUGAGACACUUACUCAGGAAAAUGAUAAUAUGAUAGGAGAAAUUUCUCGACUUAAAUCACAGAUAGAGAACUUUACAGAAGAAAACAACAGAUUACAAGAUCGUAUAGAAAUAUUAACAGUGGAGAAUACCGAGUUAGUUAUUAAUCGCACGAAAUUGGAGGAACGUCUUCAAGUAGAGUCAUCUCAUACUUCUCAAAUGUCAAUCCAAAUGAUGGAAUCUGCUGAACAAAUUAAUGCUUUAAUGGAUAGGCAACAUGUUCUUGAAAAAGAAGUAUCACAAUUACGAAAAACUUCAAUUGAACACUCAGUUAAUGUAACAUCAUGUGAAACUGAUGAUGCAAAAUCCAAACUCGUGGCAUUGGAGAAAGAAAACGCGCAGAUGAAAAUGACGAUUGCACAGCUCGAACAGCGUAUCAACAUUCAAACAGAAGAUUUAAUUAAAAUUACUAGAGAGAAAGAAGAAUUAGAUUUAAAAUUGGAAUAUGUCGCUUGUGAUGAUUUUGCCAGAGAAAGAUUAGAGCUUAUUGAUAAAUUAGAGAAAUUGAAUCAAGAGAAAGAAAAUAUUGCCCAAGAGAGACAGGAGUUGCAUGAGCAAAUUAGUAUUCUCUUACAGAAAUCGUCUGACGAAAUUUCGGAGAUGCGAAAGACAGAGGAUAUUGCUUGUCAGGAAUCGCAAACUGUAAUUGUAGCAUCCUUAGAAAAAGAAUUGGAGAACAGCAAGGCAAUAAUUAUAGAAUAUAAAAAUCAGAUAGUGGAAAUGAAUAUAAAAUUGGAGAGCAUGGAGGCAGAAUUGCAGAAGAAAACCGAACAAUUGUUAGAGUAUGAAGCAUCGGAUGGAAAAUUAGAGAGUUUAGAACGCGAAUUGAAAAACAUGUUUGUUACCGCAGAAGAAUGGAAAUUCAAAUAUGAUGACAUGCAAGAAAAAAGGCAAGCGCUGGAACAAGGAAAAGCGUUGAUAGAAGAAGCAUUCAAAACAUUGGAGAAUAAUAAUAAAGAAUUAAUAAAAAUAAUACAAGAGAAAGAUGCGGCGACUGACACUUUAGAGCAUCUUCAAAGUACCAUAGACUCCCUUGAAACGAGAUUACAAGAUAAAGUGGCGAAUGUAACUGCAAAAGAACACGAAAUUGCGGAUUUGAAGGCCGAGAUUGAAAAGAAAGAUCAAGAAUUGCAUACUAAAUAUGCACAGUUGCAAAAUGGAAUGAUUACUAUAGACAAUUUACAAGAGGAGUUGAGUAAUUAUUCGAUCAAAUUUAAAGAAAACGAGGCUGCUUUAUCAUCAUCAUUAGGAGAGAUUGCAAUGCUCAAUGAUAUAAUAAAGGAGAAGGAAGAAGAAGUUUAUGCUCUAAAAGAUAAUAUUAGCAAAAUUACUGAAGUGUUAGAACAAUCUAAGCCUAUAGCAGAAUUUAACGAAGUAUUGGAAAAUUUACGAGAUAAAGAAACAAGCUACAUUGAAUUACUAAAUAAACACGAAGAAACCUGGAGGAAAAACGGUGAAUUAUCGCAAAGAAUUGAGGAUUUAUUAAAACGCGAUGAGAACUUUAGAAACGAAUUAAUAAAGAAAGAACAGGAAAUUGAUAGUUUCCUUGCCGUUAAAAAGAACUUGGACGCACAAAUUGAAGAAAUCAGGAGUGAUAAGACUGAAGCUGAAAAACGAAUUUGGGAACUGCAAACGAUUUUGGACAAUCAAACCAUGUACGCUGAGAAAAUGCAAUCGGAGCUAACAAAUGAGUAUAAGCAAAUGGAACGCCUUAAAGCUAAGCAUGUGGAGGAUAUGUUGAUGUUAAAUCGAAGAUUGGAAGACGUUAUCGAGGAAUUAACUGAGAAAACACAGGAAAUUGAAGCUAUAAAAACCGAAUUAGAACAGAAGGAGUUGCUCGGUAAAAAUGUCACAGAAGAAACAAAGACUAUCUUAGAGAGCAAAAUUGCAGACUUGGAGCAGAAACUUUUAGAAUCGGAGGACAAGCUACAGGCGCAGUCAGAAAAGAUGAAAAAAAUAGUAGCAACGUUUAACAAGAAGAAGAUAGCAUGUCAAGAACUUGAAGCACGUGUUGCUGAGUUAGAAGAGAAAUGGACGACGGAAAAAGAUGAGAAGGAAGUUAAGAACAAACAGAUACAAGAAGUGGAAAUUUCCAUGCGUGAAAAGGACAACAAGAUUCACGAUUUGGAGGAGAAGUUGUCACAAGCGAGAAAUGACACCGCGGAAAUUCUUGUAAAUUCAGAGAAAUUUGAGAAGGAAUCGAUCAGCUUGAAAGAAAAAAUUACAAUGUUAACGGAGCACAUUGCGGAGAUGGAUGAAGAAAUUGAAAAGCAACGCGCAGAGAUAGAACGCAUUUCUCUCGAAGUGACAACGGAGAGAACAACGAAGGAGAACAUUGCCAAAGAAUACGAAAUCUACAAAGAAACUGUAAGCAAGGAGGACGAACAGAAACAGGCAGUUCUGGAUGAGGUAAAGGAGCAAGCUCGAGAAUUGAGCGUGCGCAUGCAAGUAAUGGAAACUGAAUAUGUGGAACAGCUUGCCACAAUAAAGAAUCUGAAGGCAGAGAAUGGCCUUUUGUUAUCCAAACAAACGCAGAUCGACGAAAAAUUAGAAAACGCCGAGAAGAAAUCGGAAGAGCGUCGUAUACUAAUCGAGCAGUUACAGAAAGAGAUUGCGACUAUAGCAUCUAUGGCUGCACCUACAGUUCCGGAACAGAGUGAAUUAAGAGAUGAUGACACUCGAAUUUCGCAGCAUUGCGAUCAUUCUGAACAAUGUCAGAAUUUGGUGCAAGCAUUAGAAGCGCGUUUACAAGAGCGUCAAGCGGAAAUUGAAAAUUUGAACAAUGAAUUGGCUAAUUCGUACGGUAAUAUCGUGUUACUUCAUGAUGAAUCUCAGAGGUACAAUGAUAUGAUGAUGCAAACUGCUCAGGAGCGUUUUAACCAGUCACUUAUGGAUCAAACAAAUACUUUACAACAAGAAAUUGAUUUUUUGAAAACGGAAAAAGCUGUGAGUGAAUUGAGAGUGUCGGAAUUGGAGGCUGAAUUAGAAGAGUACAAACAUAAGAACGCUGAAUGCAAAGUUGAAAUUCCCGAAGAAGUUAAAACUUCUAUUGCUGAAAAUCAACAGAAACAAGAUGAUGCUUCACAGUUAGACCCUGCGAAAAUUCUUGAUGUAGCAGUCGCUUCGAAUAUAGAUAUUUCGGAUAAAAAGGAAAUAGAACAACUGCAAAGUUUGUUAAACGAGAAACAGAAUCAAUGUUCUGAACAUAUGAAAAAAAUGGAUCUCUUACUCAAUAAUAUCGAAGAAGAAAGAUUGCAUGUUCACAAGUUACAGACUCAAUUUGAAGAUUCGCAAAAUGAAUUAAAAAAGACAGAAAAACUUCUUUUUGAAAAGAAUGUGCAAGUGGAUUCAUUGAAUACGGAAUUAGAUAAUAUAAUUCGUCAGAUGAAUGAUUUGAAAAUGUUGAGGGAGCAAUAUUAUACUGGUGAAGCAGAUUUACAGAGAUUGCAGCAACUUGUGACUGACAAAAGCACACAAAUAGAUUUAUUAACUGCUGAAUUAAAUACUGUAAAUCAACAAAUGAGUUCGCAAUUACAGCAAUAUGCAGAUGUAGAAACUGAUUUGCGAACAGAGAUUUCACUUAAGGAUACAGAAAUUGUUGCGAUAAAAACAGAGCUGACUUCUAUGAAAAAGACUGUAGAGGCAUUAAUAACGGAAAGAGAUCAGCAAAUCGAAUCAUAUAAACUUCAAAUUAAUAAUCUGGAAAUGCAAGCGAGGAGCGCUGAUAAUGAUUUAAUACAGGAAUGCGAACAACGUAUUUCUGCAACUAUUGCAGAAAAAGAUUUGCUACAGCUGCAAGUGAAUGACUUGAUGCAAUCCUUGGAAGAACUGAAGGAAUCACUUGCAAGUCAGCGUAAUUUACAGAUUGAGUUAGAAAAUGUUUUACGUGAAAGAGAUCAGGCCAAAGUACUUAUCACGAAUCUCACGCAAGCUUUGGAUGAUUCAAAACAGAGUCUCCAAGAGUUGAAGAUACAUGGAGACUUGAAGGAAUUUACUUCUAUGGAAAAAUUGAUCGCAGAACAAGUUCUUGUUGAAGAACCUAUUAGCCAACAGGAACGUGCAAAAUCACCACAAGCUCUUAUUGAAAAGGAAAUACCACAAGAAAUUCAGUUAGAUAUCGGUUCGGGUUGGGACAAUAGUUCUGAGAAUCUUAAUGUAGAUGAGGAAUCUUGGGGUUGGAAUGCGGAAAAUGUUCAAUCGGCUGUAAGCAGUCAACAUCUCAGUACGAUGACAUUAAAUGCUGAAAUGCAAUUGCGAGCAAAAGUACAAGAUUUGGAAAAUAGAAUCAAAGAUCUGGAAGCACAGAACGCUAAGAUCGUUGAGGAGAACAAAAUGGCGCAAGUAAAGAGCGGUAAAUUGGUAAAGAAAUUGAAAGAAUAUAAAGUACAGAUAGAGGGCUUGCAGCAACAAUUAAAGAUGCAGAAACAAACUAAUAGCUUUUUCGAUUUGGAUACCGCAAUCGAAGAAGAACUGAAGGCCCAAAUCGCCAGUUUGGAAAAAACUCUUAAUGAAAUUAAAAAGGAAAAGAAAAAUAUCAUUGCCGAGAAAGAAGCUUUGCUAAAACGAAUUGAUGUAGUAGUGUCAGCUAACGAGAGGUAUAUGGAGAUGAAAGAGAGACAAGACAUGGAAAUAGAAGUGCUGCGCAUUCAGAAUAAGGAAUUGGGUAACAAGGUACAAUCUUUAGAAUGGCGUUUACAGGAAAAUGCGAUUAGUAUAGAAGAUACUGCUUCGCAACAUGAAGAUCAAAGUGAUUUAUUAGUUCAUGAUAUCGAUAAAUCUACUGCCCAUAGUCAGCCUCAGAAAAGAUCACCGGAACCUAGUGAUAAUUUUGAAGUGAUAUCGAAAAAAUACAAGGAAGAAAUAGAUGAUUUGAAGGACGAGUUAGAAGCACUUGCAGCAGAAAAUGAACAACUGCAACACUUUUUAGAAGAACAAAAAGCAGCGAUGGCGAAUUUGGAGCCAAAAGGUAAUAGUAAAACUGAGCUUUUAGAGAAGUUAGACGCUUUGAACAAUCAAAAUGCUCAGCUUCAGAGCACUUUAAACAAAAACAAGCAAGAAUAUGAUGUUCUUAGGAAGCAAUAUGAGCAAAGUCUAAUAGACGCGAAUGAUCAAGUGACAGCAAUGCGGCAAAAUAACGAUAUCCUUAAAAUUGAAUUUGUGGAAAAAGUAGAGAGAUUAGAAACGGAGAUAAGUCAUCUACAAAAAGCUUUGGAAGAGAAAAAAGUUUUGGAAAAUAACGCUUUGAUGAGUUCGGAAGAAAAGCUUUUGGCCAUGAAUGCAUCUCUAACAGAAGUCACGGAGCUACUUAAUGUUAGAGUUCAAGAAGUCGCUGACCUGAAGCAAGAGCUUCAAGUUCUGUACAUAGAAAGACAGCAAGCUGAAGCAACGCUGCAAUCGGAAAUACAAAACUUGACUAAAGAACUGGAUGAAAAAAAACAAGAUCUAGGAAUCUUGAAACAAGCAUUCAGCGACAAGGAACACGAGCUGAUACAGCAAAAAAGUAUGGAAACUGUAAAUAUGAUUGUUAGUGAAGCUACCCAAGAAUUAGUUCAAAAACAUGCAAUUGAGAUUGAAAGAAAGGAUAAAGAAUUAUGUGAUUUAACAGAAAGGUUAACUAUAUUGCAAUCGACAGUUGAUGAAUAUACUUUGAAAUUGCAAGAUUGUGCGACUAAAUUAGAGAUGCAACAGCAACAAAUUGAAUAUUUAAAAGAGGAUUUAACAGAACGAAACUCAAUAAUAGGAACUACUCAAACUGAUAUGAAUUUGAUGAAUGAAAAAUUACGAGAAAAGCAACAGGAAUUAAUAGAAUAUGAGGAAGAAAAAACGAAACUCGCGGCAGAAGUGGAAAGAUGUUUAGCGGAUAUCCAACGUUUGCAGAAUCGACUGAAUGCCACGGAAACAACAACAGUUGACCUACAAGAGUGCAGUUUGCGUAUUCAUAACUUAGAACAAGAAGUUCAAGUUUUAAAAUCGGAAAAAGAAUCAAUUUUAUUACAAUACGAUCAGGAAACGGCAAUGUAUCAGGCUCAACUGGAAAGUAACAAAGAGCAAAUAAAUGAUUUGAAACAUGAUUUGCAAGAGAAAACCGAGCAGUUGCAUUUCGUAAGCACGCAAUUGUGUUCCAAAGAGAACGAUCUGGAAGGAAUUAGGGCUAUGAUAAGUGAUAAAGAUUCCUUAUUAGAAAUUAUAAAUCAAGAACUGAAUGAUAAACGAGCUGAAUUGGAGAGAUUGCGUAACGAGCAAAAUUCUCAGACGAUUGAUAAAUCUUCAGAGCUUUCAGUCCCCAGAAUACAUCACGACGAUGAUACGGAGUUGCAAAGUACCAUAAAUGAAUUGAAGGCACAGAUGGAAGCUAAGCAACAAGAACUGGAGCAUCUAAAAUAUAUGUUGAGUGAGAAUACGUAUCCCACAAUUAUCCAACAGAUGCAAGAUAGAAUUAAUUGUCUGUAUAACGAGAAGACUACAUUAGAAUCUUCUUUGCAAGCAACUACAGAAAGCUUAACGGAAAAGCAACAGCAAGUGAAUUUUUUGACGCAACGCAUUAAUGAACAAAAUCAGGAACACAUUUCUAAAGACGAAGUUAAUUUGCUCUCCAGAGAUCGAAGAUCUGUGCACGAUCAGGAAGAAAUUGUUAGGUUGCAGAACGAAUUACACGUAAAGCAACAAGAAAUUAACGAAUUGAAGUACGUUAUAGCCGAGAAAGAUUCACAGUUGUGUCUCCAGGCCAGUAUGGAACCACAGUCGGAUGAUUUCGAACUACGUGAAACUGUACAGAGAUUAAUGGGCGAAUUAUAUGGUAAGGAGCAAGAAAUACAGAUGUUAAAAUCGACUAUUGCGGAGCUACAAGAACAAAUCUUGCAUCUUAAAGAUUAUGAGAGACUUUCUGAAGAGAACAAAAACGCAAUUGAAAGGCUAACUUCGGAGAAAGAGCAAAUUCGUAUCGACGCUGAAGAAUUUCUGAAUCAAGAAUUACAGAAAAAAGAAUUGGAGAUCGAUAAAAUAAAGCAGAAACUAUCGCAAGAGAAUCAGAACUUAUUGGCAGAGCUUCAAUUGAAAAACAACGAUAUCGAGAAUCUGAAAGUGCAAUUUGAACAAUUACGGAUGACUGCGAAUGAUCGGGGCAAUAAGUUGCAGCAAAAAGAGAAUGAGUUAAUGCACACAAUCGACGAUCUGGCUGAGAAGGAGAGAAGACUGGCUGAAUUGAGCAUCACUAAGGACACUGAACUCCAUAAUUUAAAGGUGCAGAUCCAUGAAAAAGAGGCGCGUAUAGAUGAACUUUUGGCAUUGUCCGCGGAAGAAGAGAAACAAUUGGAUGAGUUAAGACAAACAUUAGUGACUAGCGAGACAGAGGUGAAUAGACUGGAGCAAUUGUUGCUACAGAAAGUUUCAGAACAUGAUUUGAUACAGCAUGCUUUGAAGAAAGACGUAUCUAUUGUUGAGACUACUCCUUCGAAGAGCUCGGAAACUGUUCAAUCUGUCGACAAUAAGGAGACCGCUUCCAGCGAGUUAGAUCUCGCAUUAUAUAUGCUUCAUCAAAGAGAUGUUCGAUGCGAGGAGUUGACUCAUGAACUGAUGCAAUUGCUCGAGGAGCGCGAUACAUUACAGUUGCGAUUAUCUAAUGCAAUCCGGGUGAACGAAGAAUUAAGAAAAAUGGGCAGUGUCGAAGCAAGUCCUAUUAAAGACUCAUCAUCUCCUCGAGCGAUAGUAGAACCUAUUGUGGAGCAACCUUCUCCUUCUAAGUCUGAGGGACCAGUCGAAAUCGCGAAAGAAGCUAUUGACACUCCAAUUGAAGAUAAGGAAACUCUUGCUUUGAAAUUGUCGCAGUUACAUUCAGUCAGCCAUACAAAGGACGUACGAUUGAAGGAUGAACGAGAGUUAAGGCAUACACAACAAAUGUCUUUAUUAGCGCACAGAGACGUUUUAAAUACAUUGCCACCCGAAGCAGCCGCAAGACUCGUCAACGCUAAUUAUACGCUCUCUCGAGACGUUCAGAGCCAAUCUAGCGUUCUCUUGAAUUGGUUGUGGGGCAAGAGCACACCAAAGGUGGUACACAUGUGAUGAACGUGUAGCAGGAAUAAAACGGCCAUUAUCUUUGCCUUCUGAAGACAUUCCUGCCAAGUGCCAACUGCCAAGACUUAUUUCUGCAGUUAAUUAAUGUAUAACCGGCUUGGAGUAGUCUGUUAUAUUUUUCAGAUGGAAAUUACAUACUAACAUGAUUAUAAAGAGUAGUUUGUACAAGGAUUGUGAGUGAUAAAAGAAAAUCAGAAAAAAAUAUUUUUGAAAUUAAACAUACACAUGUACAGAAUGUAAUUAGCAUAUUUUUCGGAAAAGUCGCUCUCUUUCUCGAAAAAGAAGAGAAUAUAAAAAGCAGACUUAUAUGUAUUAUAAUGUUGUACAGCAGAUAUGCAUAAAAUAUAAGAUAAAAUUUAAAAUAGUAGAUAAUAUUUUGUCUUUUUUAUUUGCUGACUAAAUUAUUUACAAUUAAGUAUACGCAAUGAAAUAUAUAUUACAAGAUGCUAGAAAUUGGUUAUUGUGUUACUGAAUUUAAAGAUGUCUAUUAUAAAAAGUUGCCGUCUUAUUUUGUUGGUUUAUUAAUUUAAUAAUUAUAUAUUUUGUAAAUUAUCCAUGAUUGUCUUUUGGCUUCAUACAACUACACUAUCAUAUUAUUGUUGAUUUUACAUCAAAGAAAAGCCGUGUAAGACAAAUCACAGAUAAUGCAGAAGUAAUUCGCAUGAUAAUUGUAAAUUAUUCAAUCGUUCUAUUUACAUAAAUUUUUGUACAAAGAAAAGAAACUUCAAUAAAUAAAUAAAA